AUGAGCGACUUGGAUCAAGCGAUUGCCCAGCUACGUGCGUGCCGGCCCAUACCCGAGGCGCAGGUGCGCGAACUGUGCUACAAGGCGAGGGAGCUGCUGAUUGAGGAGGGCAAUGUGGUGGGCGUCGAUGCGCCGGUGACGAUAUGUGGAGAUAUCCACGGCCAGUUCCACGAUCUGAUGGAGCUUUUUAGGGUAGGUGGCGAUGUGCCGGACACAAACUACCUAUUCAUGGGAGACUUUGUCGAUAGAGGGUUCUACUCUCUCGAGUCAUUUCUACUCCUUCUGUGUCUUAAAGUUCGGUAUCCAGACCGGAUUACGCUCAUCCGUGGCAACCACGAGUCUCGGCAAAUCACAACCGUGUAUGGCUUCUAUGACGAAUGCUUGCGGAAAUACGGCAGUGCAAACGUGUGGAGAUACUGCUGUGAGGUUUUCGACUACCUUGCCCUUGGUGCAUUGGUUACGGGGGCCGCCACAAAUCUCCAGCCCACUUCCAGCCCUUACGCAGAUCCAAGCACGCAGGGCAGCCAAGGAGAGGACCAAGAUAUCGAAAUCGAGAUACUCAACUCCAACAACGAGGUCAUCAACCGGUACCCGCGCAACCCUCGUAGUGACUCUCCAGGGCCACUUGGGCCUUCGAGCUCGCCAACUGCCGACACACCUGCCAGGACUGGUCCUGCUGGAACCGGUGCUUCGGGAUCCAGUUCUGGAUCCACGGGAAAUCCAGGAGGAGCAGUACUAUGCGUGCAUGGAGGCCUGUCUCCGUUGAUCGACACCAUCGACAAGAUCCGCCUACUUGAUCGCAAACAGGAAGUCCCGCACGAGGGGGCCAUGUGUGACCUGCUCUGGUCAGAUCCGGAUGAGAUUGACGGCUGGGGCUUGUCUCCGCGUGGGGCUGGGUUCCUCUUCGGCGCCGACAUUGUCAAGUGUUUCAACCAUAAGAACGACUUGUCCCUGAUUGCGCGUGCCCAUCAGCUUGUGAUGGAAGGGUUCAAGGAGAUGUUCGACAACUCGAUCGUAACGGUAUGGAGUGCGCCAAACUACUGCUACCGUUGCGGAAAUGUUGCUGCCAUCCUGGAGUUAGGCGAAGACGGCAGCAACGGCGGCUAUGUACCUCGCGGUAAUGGUGAUUUGAACCGGAGUCGAGGUCUGAGUGACAGAAACAGAGAUGGGCCAGGCCGGCGGUACAGAGUCUUCGAGGCUGCACCGCAGGAUUCGCGUGGCAUGCCUGCGAAGAAGCCGGUGGCAGAUUAUUUCUUGUAG